UGUCGCGAUGGUCUUGCACUGGGCGACGCUUCUGACACAGCUGUAGGCUACAUAACAUUCAGGUUCAACUUCGAACAAGACCUCCUGCAUCCCAUGUCGGAGAAGUGAGCAGUGGCCGCGCAGCACCCGGGCCGAGAGAAGCUGGUCCGGCAUCGGAGUGACAGGCGGGCACUGGAUCGGCCAUGAUGUAUAUCUAUCCUCACGUUCCUGGCAUCUUUGGUCACACAUCAGCACAAUCAAAGCACAUUCUCCACUAACUACCAUGGCUCAAUUAUCUGACUACCGUCUCCUCACAUUCGAUGUCUACGGCACGCUAGUGGACUGGGAAACCGGCAUCCUGACCGCCUUCCAGCCCACCCUGGACAAAGCCAACGCGCAAUUCUCGCGCCACCACCUCCUGACCGUCUACCACGAGCUGGAACAUGCGCAGCAGGAACAGACCCCCGACAUGCCCUAUUCUGAACUCCUGACCACCAUCCACCCCACCUGGGCGGGGCGUCUGAGUCUCCCCGCCCCCUCCCGCGACGAGAGCAUCCGCUUCGGCGAAUCGGUCGGCAACUGGCCCGCCUUCCCGGAUACCGUCGACGCGCUCAAACGUCUCUCGAAGCAUUACAAGCUCGUGGUGCUAUCCAACGUCGACCGCGAAUCAUUCGCCAAGACAAACGCUGGCAGUCUCCAGGGAUUCGAGUUCGACUUGAUCAUCACCGCGCAGGACGUGGGGAGCUACAAACCCGACCUAAAGAACUUCGAGCACAUGUUGCACGCGGUCAAAGAGAAGUUCGGAGUCGAGAAGAGCCAGGUUUUGCAGACAGCACAGAGUCAGUUUCAUGAUCAUUACCCUGCACGCAAGGCGGGAAUCAAGUCGGUCUGGAUUGAGAGGCCUGGGGCUACGAUGGGGAACAUGGAGGAGACUAUCUUUGACUGGAAGUUCGAUACUCUGGGCGAGAUGGCGGAUGCUGUGGACGGUGGACGAUGAGAUCCUAGACUGGGCUGAGCGGGAACGGACCCACGAUAGAUCCAAUAGAUGAAGAUGAAUUUAUCAGUGUCUCAUUUUCUCAUCCUGUCCAUCUUUCGGGUUUGUCUGACUAUGCGCAAUUGCAUACUGCUAUCCGGGUACAGGUACCCGAGUGGGGACGGAAGGGGAGCAGAAAAGUGGGCACGGCGCAGAAAACAGCAAAGCAGAGUGGAGUAGACACAGGACACGGACGAAUACUAAAAGGGCUUUAAAGAAACCUGCAAUUGAGGGAGAC